AUGGCAGAAAACACCAAUACCACCACCACCACGGGCAACACCAACCCGACCGCCAACCUCCCUCCCCUCCUCGACCUAACCAUCGACAACAUCACCCCCAACACGAUCCGGAUCAACUCGCAGACGUCCGAUGCGCGGCUCAAGUACCUCAUGGCGCGGCUGGUGACGCACCUGCACGACUUUGCGCGCGAGACCCGGCUGAGCUCGGACGAGUGGAUGGCCGCUCUCCAGUUUCUGAUUAGCUGCGGCAAGAUAUGUAGCGAUGUGAGGAAUGAAUUCAUCCUCCUCUCCGACGUCCUCGGCCUCUCCCUCCUCGUCGACAACAUCAACCACCCGACACCCCCAGGUGGCACCGAGGGAUCCGUUCUCGGCCCCUUCCACACGCACGACGCUCCCGUCCUCCCCAACGGCAGCAGCAUGACUUCGGACCCCGAAGGGGAGCCGAUGCUAGCCCUGUGCACGGUCAAGGACCUCAAGGGCAACCCGCUCCCCGGCGUGACCAUCGACAUCUGGGAGACGGACAGCUCGGGUCAUUACGAUGUGCAGCACGCCGACCGGGACGCGCCCAGCGAGCGGUGUGUCAUGAAGAGCGAUGAGGAGGGCAGGUUUUGGUUCAAGGGCAUCAAGCCCGUCGAAUACCCGAUCCCUCACGAUGGGCCGGUGGGCAAGUUGCUGGAGAGGCUGAAUCGUCACCCGUGGAGGCCGGCGCAUGUGCAUUUCAAGUUUGAAAAGGAUGGGUGGGAUCCGCUUGUUACCGCUCUAUAUCUGAAGGGUGACCCUUAUGAAUCAUCAGACGCUGUGUUUGGUGUCAAGAAGAGCUUGUUGAUCGAACUAGGGAAGGUGGACGAGGCCACGGCAGGAGAAUACGGCGUGAAGGAGGGGAGCUGGCUCUUGAAGCACGACUUUGUGCUUUCCACCAAGCAGGAGACUGAGGAACUAAGAGACCGGCUGGCUGUUGAAGAGCUGGAAAAGCUGGGCUUGAGAAUGAAGCUGGUAGAUCACUUGCCUGUCCCCGAGCUUGACUAA